AACCAAAAACAUUUAAAAUAUUUUAACUAAAAAAAAAAUAUAAUUACCAAAACAAUAUAUACAAUCACAACUGUAAAACUAUAAUUAUUUGCAAGAGAACAACUGAAAAUUGGCAAAAAAUUCCAACCACCCUAAAUGAACGCUACAAAAUGUAUCUGCGCCGCGCCAUACAAGUCUCCAUAGUGCUAAUCUGGUGGUUAGUCAUUGUGCCGCUAAUUUCAAAAUAUUUAGAGGACAUCAAGUGGAUGCGUCGCGGCAAAUGGACGAAGAAGAAAUUGGGCUUUUUCGGCAUUGCCGCCUUAGCCUUUAUCUUCAUCUACUUCCUCUGCAUGUACGCGUAUACGUUGUACAAGCGUUGGGAGCGUGAAAUCCGAACGGACAUGAAACAGUCCGUCUCAAAGGCGGCCGAGUCGGAGGUACCCUCCGCAGCCUCGCCAAUGGCUACCGUCGCCGAAUUGGAGCCACUCGAACGCAUACGGCCGACGCGUCCGCGGAUUCUACCAGCGCCACCUGCACACUGUGCCAGCGCACAAUUACUCACGCAGGAGCAGCAGCAGCAACAACAACGACCAACUGGUGCGCGCAGUAAAGUGAAAAAUCUGCGUUCAGCGCCCAAAAUACCCACGGUGCACCAUUUGCUGCCAUCACCCACCACCACCACACUGCCGGUGAUUGUCAAUACGCCGUUGGCGCCGUUGCAGGAGCAACCCUACGGUAGCGAGUUGGAGGCGAAGAAUAAGCGCAUAAGUCGCGCGGAAAGAUUGACAACAGAGUUAGCGGAUAUUUUGCGGCGUUAUUAUCGCAUGAGUACGGGUAACGGUGGCAGCAAGGCGCCCACAACGAUGGCGGAGCGUGUGUAAAAGAAAAGAAAUAUUAGCUAAUUGCUUAGUAAAUUGGUCGUAUAGCUUUGGAAUAGUUUUAAAAUAUAUAUUUGUGUAUUUUCGUUCAACUUGUAAUGGUAUUUUGGUGAAAAGUUUCGAUUCGGAAAGUUUGAGAGAUAAGAUUUGGUUGUAAAAAUCUAUAACGAUACUCCGCAAUCGUUAAUUUCAAUAUGUACGUGUUGAGGUGGAGAAAAAGUAGAUCAACCGUUUGUGGUGAAUUAUAUAAGACACUUUCGCAAGAAAUCUUUUUACAUUUGACUCAUAUUGGUUAGCAAAGAAGGCAAGUUAAGUUACAAGUACUUACAUAUCGUCCCCUCAAUAUAACAAUAGCGUAUAAUUUUUUUUGGGUUUUGAGAAAAUCGAGUUUAAAGUUUUUGUAAUUUUCUUAUUGAAGGAAAUUUCUGAACAUGAAAUUAUGCACCAUUUUUUCCAAUGACAUUUUGACCCACUUUGUGGAAGUAGAAUUUGACGAAAUUUUGACCAGACAUAGAAUCAAUGAUGGAGAUUCUAAAUAUGCAAUAAAAAAAUAAUGGCGUAUGAGCACAUACGCUAUUGUUAUAUUGAGGGGACGAUAUAUAUUAUAUAAGAGCGGCAACGAUAACUUUCUUAUCGAAAACAAUUUGUGGAAGCUCGAAAUGAAAGUUUAGAGGGUCUAGCAAAAUUAUGUAAGAGACUUCUAUAUUUGGCAAAUAUUGAUCAAUA